AUGCCGCCAUACUUGCCGGAUCCUGAGAACUUAGCUGAUUUCGACGACGACCUCCUACCAAAGGAGGAUCGUGUCGAUGAGUACGCCAAUGGUCAUUGGGUUGUGCCACGUAAUAGACAGUAUAACAAUCGCCGGAAGCAAGCAUCUCGACAAGGGCGGUACGCUGGCGAUCGCCAUAGACGUCCCAACCGUGGCAACAGGCAUACUCUGGUACCUGGACAAUUUAACAUCGACGUCAAGAAAGACUCCACAUUCUCACAUGGUCUGGAAGCUCAGCAUGAGGAGAUGGCUGCUCAGGCUAAGCAGUUCAGUGCCAAGAUCGGUGCUAGCAACGGCAUCACUAUGAAGCCAGCUGUGCCGGCGACAAUCAUGGCCGACGGUGGUGGCGAAGUUUUCCAGGCUGAGGACCACCCGAUUGGUGCACUUGUGAAGAGGUCUAGUGUUCUAGCGACGAAGUCAUCGAAGUCAGCCAUAGAAAUCAAGCCAACAGUAGAUGACAACCUCUCUGAGCCACCAGCAUUCAACUUCGUAGCGAAGAAAUCACACACCAAGACAGCGCCUACAGUAGAUUUCCGGUCUUCGCCUCCAGAAUAUAGCCCGGAUCGCUGCUUAGAGAUUCAAGUGGGCAAAGCUGGUGGUGAUGCGGGACCGAUGGAUCAUCUUUGGAAAGACAUGGCUCCCAGCCAUCAUCCUCGGGCCAGUUCGCCGGCGAUGUCGUCUUCGUCCGCGUCAAACCCAUUCGCUUCGUCCGUCGACAGCGGAAUGUCGUCGUCAUCGGAGGACGACACGCGUAAAGCCAGAAAUAUGCUAGAUCGGGAUGAGAACUUCCUGUUCGCAAUAGCGGACGAUUCCCUGGAUCCGAAGAUCCUAACAGCACAACAUUGGCCAGCUGUAGGAGAGGCUGGCCAUACUAUCGAACACAGCCAGCUAUCUAGACGCCUGAGCUUGGUUCGGCGGACCUCAGUAGGGAGCACUUUCAUCGCGACGCCUAUCAUCACGAAAGGCCAGCAAGGCAGUAUCGCAAACCAAGAUGAAUCAGACAGAGACGGAGAUGAUAGAGAAGACCCAGGGAAGUUCGAGAUAGAUGUUAUCGACAUGAUGGACGACUGGGACCUGUUGGAAGAAGAAGUCGUUACUGGAAUGGUAGGUGGCUACGAGGCGGACGACGAGUGCGAAAUUACCAAGUCGGCUGCCAACAGUGCUUGGCCCACUGCCGACAAUGGUCAAGGUAGACAAUCGUGGGCGAGAUGGCUCGGCUUUCGUUCUGAUGAGCGUGCUUUUUGA